CUGCUUUCUAUUUUCUCCUCUCGGUGUUUCUGCAGCUGCCACCCGUCGAUCAUUCAGGAUUCUGGCAGAAGGUCGAUGAGUAAAAGGACUUCAGUCGGCCAUGGAGCUUCAGCGAGCAGCACUGGUCGCCUCGUUCCUGAUCACUCUGCUGUCAUCGGAGUGCCUGUGCAGGAACGAGGAGGAGCGUCUGAUCAACUACCUGUUAAAGGAAAAGGGCUACAACAAAGAGCUGCGACCGGUGGAGAGGCAGCAGGACGCCGUGGACGUUUACCUCGCGCUCACGCUCUCCAAUCUCAUCUCUCUGAAAGAAGUCGACGAGACGCUGCUGACGAAUGUUUGGAUAGAUCACACAUGGACCGACUACAGAUUAUCAUGGAAUUCGACGGAGUUCGACGGCAUCGAGACGCUUCGUCUGCCGUCCAGCAUGGUGUGGCUGCCGGAGAUUGUGCUGGAAAACAAUAACGACGCCCAGUUCCAGGUGGCCUAUUACAGUAACGUACUGGUGGAUCCUACUGGUCUCUGCUACUGGUUGCCUCCCGCCAUCUUCCGCUCGUCCUGCUCCAUCAACGUCAACUACUUCCCCUUCGACUGGCAGAACUGCACACUCAAAUUCACCUCUCUGACCUACAAUGCCAAAGAGAUCCGGAUGCUGCUGAAGGAAGAGAACGACGCGACGGUGGAGUGGAUCAUCAUCGACCCUGCCAGCUUCACCGAGAACGGCGAGUGGGAGAUCAUCCACCGUCCGGCCAAGAGAAACACCUACAAACACAUUCCCAUGGAGAGCAACAAGCACCAGGACAUCACCUUCUACCUGAUCAUCAAACGCAAACCUCUCUUCUACAUCGUCAACAUCAUCAUCCCCUGCGUGCUCAUCUCCUUCCUGGCUUCACUUGUCUAUUACCUGCCCGCCGACAGUGGUGAGAAGAUGACUCUGUCCAUCUCGGUUCUGCUGGCUCAGUCCGUCUUCCUGCUGCUGAUCUCUCAACGGCUGCCGGAAACUUCCAUGUCGGUUCCACUCAUUGUCAAGUACUUGAUGUUCAUUAUGGUGCUGGUUACGGUGGUUGUGUUGAACUGUGUGGUCGUCCUCAACCUGCACUUCAGGACGCCGAGCACACACGUCAUGUCUGAGUGGACCAAGAAGUUUUUCCUCGAGCGUCUUCCUCGGAUCCUGCGUAUGUCCCGCCCUGCGGAGGCGGAGCCAUACUGGGACGGAGCGUUGCCAAGGCGAUCCAGCUCGGUGGGCUACAUCGCCUCGGCGGAGGAAUACUACAGUGUCAAGUCCCGCAGCGAGCUGAUGUUCGAGAGGCAGUCAGAGAGGCACGGACUGACGACCAGAACCACCCACGCUGCAGUGGUGAAGCCGCAGGAGGACGGAGGCGUGACGGACCAACUGUACGCCGAGAUCAAACCGGCUGUGGAUGGAGCGAACUACAUCAUCAAACACAUGCGAAACAAGAACGACUACAACGAGGAGAAGGACAACUGGAGCGGCAUCGCCCGGACGGUGGACCGACUCUGCCUCUUCCUGGUGACUCCGGUGAUGACCUUCGGCACCAUCAUCAUCUUCCUGAUGGGAAUCUGCAACCACCCUCCACACCUGCCCUUCAAAGGAGACCCACACGACUACUCGGAGGAAAACCCCCGGCUGCUGUAACACUUCACACUGCAGGCGCUGGUGUCCGGGUCCGUCCAGAGGUUUGCUGCCGUUUUCAUUAUUUAACUCCAUGAAUUUUCCUGGUUCGGCAGCAGCCGCAUGUUUCUUCUUAACUUUUAUUUGAAGUGAAUAAUCCGGUAUCUUAUGUUUUGUUUUGUUUUGUUUUGUUUGUGUGGUUUGAAUAAACUUUUACUUUCUGA